CGAAUUUCGCUUUUAAUUCCGUCAAUCACCGAUCAAAUCAUAAACCCUAAAAAGAAACUCCGAUCUAGUUCGCACCGGAGUGGAGAAGAAGAUGGGAAUAAUAAGGAGCAGCUUCUCUUUCAUCACGGGAACAGUGUGCGGGAUCUACAUCGCUCAGAACUACAACGUUCCUAACAUCAAGAAGCUUAGUCACUGCGCCGUUUCAAUGGCCAAGCAAGUUGAGGAGAAAUAUCGCAAGCCCAAAAGCAGAGACGACGUUUGAGAUACAGAUUCCACUAGCAGCUUCUCCGGUGAAUUCACCCAUCUUUUUCCUCCUGAUAAUUUUGCUACUUCUUAAGGUUUAUGUGUAAUUUGUGGGAUUGUAAAUUCAGUGAAAUUUGACAAUCAAAUGAAGAUUCUUUUCUCCGA